CUGAAGCGCGCGCGAGGGUCGCGUGGAAACACUGAACUGACAGGCGUCAUGACAGAUUAUUGAUGAUAAUUAUCAGCGCUCUGACAGUAGAAACUGUUUAAACUCUACCAGCAGUCUCUAACAGAGUGAUGAACACUAAAUAGCAAACAUGUUUACAUGUUCAAAACUAAGAGUUCCUAAAAAACGACCAAGAUGCUCUUCACCAAACGUUAUGACGAAGCUGUGAGGAUUCUUAGAGGAUGAGUGUGUGUGAGCUCUGAAUGGAGAUCAGGACCAGUAUGAAGUGAAUUACAGUAAUGAGGCUCAUGUGAGAGACAGACGGAGCAGAGUUACAGACGGACGGCGUGAGUGAUACUGAGGAUUAUGCAGGUUUUGAUUUGUGUGUGGAUGUGUAGAAGAUCAUCUGAAAGACAGCAAGAACUUGAGCAGUUGAGUUUGGAGAAUCAGUAAAGCUCCUAAAACAACACCGUCUCAGAUGUACAGCAGUCUGAUCUGAGAUCGCAGCGGGACGCUGUAACUGGUCUGAUUCUGGGAGAUGGAGGAAAAGACCAAAGAGGAGGAAGAGUCAUAUACAGACAGCAGUGACAUCAAAGCCCCACCUAAACAGCGUCUGACAGCGCGUUUGAUCAGUGCCGCGUUCUUUGGAUCCGUAGGAUCGUCCUUCCUGUACGGAUAUAACCUGUCUGUGGUCAACGCUCCGGCCAGUUACAUAAAGACCUUCUACAAUAAGACGUGGAUCGAUCGCUAUAAUGAGCCCAUUGGAGACGAGACGGUCACUCUGCUGUGGUCCAUCACUGUGUCCAUCUUUGCCAUCGGUGGCCUGGUGGGGGCGCUGACGGUCUCGUUCCUCAUCAAAGCCUUGGGCAGGAAAGGAACUCUUCUGGCCAAUAAUGCUCUGGCUCUGAUCGCUGCGCUCCUAUUGGCUCUGGGAGAGACGGCCGGAUCCUUUGAGAUGCUCAUCAUUGGUCGGUUUAUCAUCGGCAUGGAUUCAGGUGUGUCUCUCAGCGUGUUGCCCAUGUAUCUGGGUGAGAUCUCUCCUCGGCAGGUCCGGGGCUCCAUCGGUCAGUUUCACGCCAUCUUCAUCUGUCUGGGUGUUUUCAUCGGGCAGGUGCUCGGACUGCCUGAGAUAUUCGGACAGGAGAACAGAUGGAACUUCCUGUUUGCUUUCUUGGCAUUUCCUGCCCUGCUGCAGCUGUGUGUUCUGCCGUUUCUACCUGAGAGUCCGAGAUUUCUACUGAUGGAACGCCGGGAUGAGGUGGGAGCAGAAAAAGCGUUCCAGGCGUUUCUGGGCCGUACAGAUGUGAGCCGUGAGCUGGACGAGGUUCACGCUGAGAGUCGCGCUCAGAACACGCAGCGGACGGCGUCCGUGCUCGAGUUGUUCCGGAAGCGUUCGCUCCGCUGGCAGCUGAUCACCGUGAUCGUGGUCAUGAGCUGCUAUCAGCUCUGCGGACUAAACGCCAUCUGGUAUUACACCAACGGGAUCUUCCAGGAGGCCGGAUUCGAGAAGGCGCUGAUUCCCUACAUCACGCUCAGCACGGGCGGCAUCGAGACGCUGGCCGCCAUCAUAUCGGGUUUAGUGAUUGAGAAAAUCGGUCGGAGGCCGUUACUGAUCUUUGGAUUUUCAGCGAUGGCUGUUUUCUUCAGUCUGCUCACGGUUUUCCUGCAUUUUCAGGACACGUUCUCAUGGAUGCCGUAUCUCAGCUUCACCUCCAUUCUGCUUCUGAUCGCUUCCUUCUGCUCCGGUCCAGGUGGUGUCCCGUUCGUGUUGACGGGGGAGCUGUUUGAGCAGUCGUAUCGUCCGGCGGCGUUCAUGAUCGCCGGCACCAUCAACUGGCUCUCGAACUUCGCUGUGGGACUCCUGUUCCCCUUCAUACAGGAGGCGCUGCAGACGUUUGCCUUCCUGCUGUUCGUGGUGGUUUGUGCCACCGGUGCCGUUUACCUGCUCGUCGUUCUGCCGGAGACCAAAAACAAGACCUUUGUGGAGAUCAGCCAGAGUUUCGCCAAGAUCAACAGAGUCCCGGAUCAGACUGACGAGCGAGAGAUGCAGGACGUGCUGGACGCCAAUGGACUCAAGUGUGCCGACGUGGAGAUGGAGAGCUCCUUCUGACACACCCUGGACAUGAUGUCAUUUCCUUUCUGAAAUGAUGUUCAGCUCGUUUUUAUGACUGAAGAGUGUGUUGUUUCUUUAACCUCAGUGGUUUUGAAUCGGAUGUCUGACGUUUUACACAUGUUUUCUGCGUGUGUGUGUGUGAGUGUGUGAGUGUGUGUGUGUGUGUGUGUCUGUGUGUGUGUCUGUGUGUGUGUCUGUGUGUGUGUGUGUGUGUGUGUGUGUGUGUGUGUGUGUGUGUGUGUGUGUGUCAUGUAAAGCCCACAGACAUGAAGAUCCAGCUAAAGCAUCGAGACCGUGUUUCCUUCAUGUCAGUGAGUUUGAGACAUUCUAGAGCAGCUGCCUCAAGACGAACCUCAAUUUUAAUUUUAUUUCUGUAUUCAUAAUGCUUGAUUGAAAUUAUUAAAAAAAAUAUUUACAUAAUACAUAUUAUAUAUGUAAAAAUAAACACUUAAUACUCACAUUA